AUGGAGACGACGUUCCCUAGAGGCACAUUUAAAUUAGGAACAUUUUGUUUUUACAAAGAUACAUGUGGUAAAGCUACAAAACAAUUGGUUUGUAUACGUGACUAUGUGUCGUCUAACCAACGUAUAAAAUCUUUUACGAUUAAAAAUUUAAACACUCCGGGAACAUUAUUAAACCUUGAGGAUUGCAAUAUUGAUUUGGAUGUUGUAAAUAAAACAAUUUCUUGUUGGUAUUGGUCUAAGUAUGCGACAGAUUUUGAAAGUUUAGAGUAUUUUUUACAAGUGUGCAAAAUAGAAAACGAUAAACGUGCUAUUGCUAUUAGAAUGAUUGCUUUAUUUGGAACAAUAUAUUCAGAGUAUAUUAUUAAAGAACUAUCUGCAUUGUUGUAUGGUAAAUCAUAUGCUGUGGAAUUAUGGGACGAUGGAAUCAUGCGAUUGUCAACUCUAAAAAUUGCAUCUUAA